GUACUUUCCUAAUAAGCCGACAGUAUCAUACCUCGCUGUCCAUGGCCUUUGUCCAGUCUACUGCACUGUAAUCGGUGGGCAUCACUUCACUGGGUUUAAGGAUCGGGACAUCCAUGUCGCUUCCCCAUUAGCUCUAGCGUUGGCUCGCCAGGACCUCAGCUGGAUGCACUUUACAAAUUGAUGGCUCUGGUUUAGAAGCCGAGAUUCAUGCAGCGAUCCAGGUCAUGAUCUGUGCUCUCUGAGUGUUAGCUAAACUCCCUUCGCAUCCAAGCAAACGCCCACAGCAAUGUCAUUCCGCAAGUGAUGUUGCUGCACAUCUUUACAGGAGUUCUGACUUGUUCUCUACGGUCUGAGGAGGGGAUUCGAGGAGCAUGUUAUUAUCCUGACUUCAGAUUUUAAAGAGAUUAUGAAGGCGAUGUAAAGCAUCAGAGUUCUGAGAAGGCAAAAACCAUACUAGAAAUGUGCACGAGGGCUCAUGGCGAAGCAGCACCGACAUGGACAACGUUCCGUUCGUUCACUCACUCACGUCGGAACGUGAGUGAGCACACAACGACAAGGGUGUACGAGGAAAUCGAAAGUCGUAGUCGCUAUUAGAAAGAAGUACGCAUCGCAAGACACACUCCGAUUCCCGAAAGCCUCUUGCACCGAGGGCCACAUUACUGCACUGCCGUCUCCCGUUGACCGAAGCGGUGGACUGUCCCGAAACUGGACCGGAGUGGUCGGUCGACGUCACGGAAUCAGAAGGUUUGUGUAGAGGGAUCUGCUGCAGGGCCUACAUCCAGGUCUCGUAGGGGGUGGGGGGGGGGGGGUGGAGCGCAUCACCACCGCCGGUCACUGAGUGACCGACCGCUCUUGUAAAGCAAUCCGCGUUCGCUCUGGCACGCUGCUGCCCCCCCCCCAAACGAAAACAUAAGGCUAGAUAGUUCAUGGGGCCUGCGCUCGUCAGCCUCGGCAAGCUCAUGGCCGGAGUGAAUGCAUGGAGAAUAGCACCGAUCCUUCUGGAAUACGAACGGAAAGUCUGAACACUUGGAAUGCUGAUUCGUCGGGACUCGAUUGGUAAACCCGUUGAACUUUUGCCAGUGCGGUGGAGUUUUGUUGUAGACAGUAUGAGUCAUAUAUAAAUGACAAUUCGAGACCAGUUGACCUGUUUUCGCACGAGCGUGAUUGUAUUUUUUGUUCUCCACCGAGCAAAUUAUAAUUUGCUCGGUGGCUCCUCUAACCACUCCAGGGCAUGGCUCCUGGACAUGACUAUCUGCAAUGCGUGAGAGAGAGAGAGAGCGCACCCGAGAUGGAACUAUGGAGCGGUUGAGACCGAAGCCGCAAUCGCAACAUAGAGGAGGCUUUAAUCUGGAAGGGAUGGGUGGGAUGAGCGGGAGUAAAUCAUCUGCAGAAAUAAAUCGCUCCCGUUUCCAAGUCUACGUUCGCUGCUGGCUGGAGGUCCUCUGUUCACACAAGUCAAAGGUGAUAUCAGCACAGUGCCAAAGCCUUUUGGACCCCGACCACAAGUCCAGCCUUGGGAAUCAAACCGAGUGCCGCAUCUUUGGUUAG